AGAAGAGGAGGCCAAUUUAAAAUCUCUUGAAAUUAUCCUCAGCCCCCUUGACAUUUUCCAGACUGGCCUUGUUUCACUUUUAAUAUCUGAACCGUCUUGUGAAUGCUGUGAGGCGUGGCUUUUUGGCACAGCUGUCUUUGUUUUUUUGUUUUGUUUUUUCCCUGACUUAGUCCUUCUGUCUAUAUAACAUUGCAUCCUGGCUGUUUGAAAUCCCUACUGAAUUUGGAGGAAUUAUGUCUUGGCAUCUGGCCUACUUCCCUAGAACACGAUGUGAUAUUGUCAAACAAGGGCCAGUCAUUCCACUCGACAAUAUGUUUGUCUCAUUCCCAGCACUUGCACAUUCAGUGGCUAGUGAGAACAGAAUGGAAAGCUGUGCUUGCCAUAGUUUGCUGAGUUUCCUGCCUGACCACAUUACUUUUACAAUGUCACUUGUGAAUAACUUGAUCAGAUUAGGGCGAAUCAUGUGGUUGGCCAAUAGCAACUGGAAGGAUUCUCCAGCGUCACUUUGUUGCACUAUUAGGAAAUGUAUCCAGAGAGACCUGCCCAGUGCUCACUGCCAAUGUUCCUCUCUCUGUGUUCCUGCUGUCUAGUUCAUGAGAUGAGAUGAGCUCAGACUGUUCGAGCAACUCCACCUGCUCUGCCAACAGCAUGGAGAAAGAACUGCCGGGGAUAAUGGAGGGUCGUGGGACCCUGAAGCUUGUUUUCACCGUGGUGUCAGCUGUGAUGGUGGGUCUGGUCAUGUUCUCUUUCGGAUGUUCUGUGGAGAUUCGGAAGCUGUGGUCACACCUCAGAAGACCCUGGGGCAUUGCCGUUGGACUGCUCUGCCAGUUUGGGCUCAUGCCUGUGACAGGCUAUCUGCUAGCCAUUGGCUUCUCUCUGAAACCCUUCCAAGCUAUUGCUGUCCUCAUCAUGGGGUGUUGCCCUGGGGGCACCAUCUCUAAUGUUCUCACCUUCUGGGUUGAUGGAGAUAUGGAUCUCAGCGUCAGUAUGACCACCUGUUCCACAGUGGCUGCCCUGGGAAUGAUGCCUCUCUGCCUUUACCUCUACUCCCGGUCCUGGAACCUUACACAGAGUCUCACCAUUCCGUAUCAGAGCAUGGGAAUUACCCUUGGGUCCCUGGUUGUUCCUGUGGCCUUCGGUGUCUACAUGAAUUAUAGGUGGCCAAAGCAAGCAAAAGUCAUUCUUAAGGUCGGGGCCAUCGUUGGUGGCAUCCUUCUUCUGGUGGUGGCGGUCACUGGUGUAGUUCUGUCAAAAGGAUGGAACACAGAUGUCACCCUUCUGAUAAUCGGUUUCAUUUUUCCUUUGGUUGGCCACGUCACUGGCUUCCUACUGGCAUUCCUCACCCACCAAUCUUGGCAAAGGUGCAGGACAAUUUCCAUUGAGACCGGAGCUCAGAACAUCCAGGUGUGCAUCGCCAUGCUGCAGCUGUCCUUCACUGCCGAGUACCUGGCCCAGCUGUUUAACUUUGCGUUGGCUUACGGACUCUUCCAAGUACUGCAUGGGCUCCUCAUUGUCACAGCAUAUCAGGCAUACAAGAGGAGGCAGAAGAGCAAACACAGGAGGCAGCACCCAGAUUGCCCAGAGGUCGGCUAUGAGAAGCAGCCCAGGGAGACCAGUGCUUUCUUGGAGGAAAGUGAUGGAGCUGCUGUAACUCUGAGGCCAUCAGGGCCAGAGCAGCAACACAGAGCUGCUGAGUGAUCAGCCACAUUCCUUCAUGUGAACAGUGGGAGACAUGGGCCAGCUUGGCCGUGCAUCUUCCUUCAUGGCCAGUAAAGACUGUGUGCUGAUGUGGGAACAUCGUUGGCAGGCCUGUGUGAAUAUGCAACGUGUUUUCUGUCCCCACCUCCUGUGGGACAGCGAAUGGUGGUUGGCAGUGAGCAGUAGACAUCUCCCUGCGAAGCUGGCCUCCUAUUGUGUAUUUUAACCUGAGAG